AUGACGGUGGAUCUUUCUGAACUCCGGCGCCAAGUUGCAGCGACACAGCAGAAGAUACGAGAGGCCGAGGAAGUUGGGGACGAAGAGCAAGUCUUGGACUUGACUUGCGAGGCCAACGAGCUGCGGGAUACCCUGCGGAACUACGAGACCUUCGAUGCUCUCUGGGAGCCUGCCUGGAACUUUCCAUACGACGAGGUGGUUUCGAGCCAUCUCCUUGGCAACUGCUGGGUGCUGACCGGGCUGCUGCCGCAUGGCGCGUGCCGGAAGCUGCUAUUUGCCAUCGGAAGCCGCGGCUUCGAGGAGGACUCAGGCGAUGCCAGUCGCUUUGGCGGCCGCUUGCAGAAUUUCGGGCGCGUGCUACGCUCGGAUGACGAGCCUCUAGCUGAUCUCAUCUGGAAGCGAGCCUCACCUGCGGCCCAAACGCUUCUACCCGUGCCCCCGGGCUGGCGUGCUGUAGCCCUGGACACUCGAAUCACCUACGAAGAGCUCACGUCGCAAAGCGCAGAGACCGUGGCCGGCGACUGGCGAGCGGACAGCCAGGACUCAUUUCACAUAGGAGCCUGA